GCGCACCUGGUCCGGACGCUGGACGCCAUGUUGUGGAAACUAGCCGAUAAUGUCAAGUACGAAGAGGACUGCGAGGAGCGACACGAUGGCAGCAGCAACGGCGGCCCGCGGCUGCCGCACCUCCCGGCCGUCAGCCAGCACCUGUACAGCCCCGCGCCGCCGCUCUCGCACUCGGCCGCCUCCGACUUCCAGCCGCCCUAUUUCCCGCCGCCCUACCAGCCGCUGCCCUACUCGCAGUCCAGCGACCCCUACUCGCACCUGGGCGACCCCUUCUCCAUCAACCCGCUGCACCAGCCGCCGCCGCCGCCGCCGCCCAGCCAGCAGCAGAGCGCCUGGCCCGGCCGCCAGAGCCAGGAGGCGGCGGCGCUGGCCCCGCACGCGCGCCCGGGGCUCGUCCCGCACCUGCCCGCGCUCGAGAGCGGCGCGCCCGGCGCCCGCCGCGACUCCUACCGCCGCGCCGAGCUGCUGCUGCCGCACGGCCACGGCCUGGACGCCUCGGCGCUGGCCGACAACCUGGGGCUGCACGACAUGGCGCACCAGAUGGAGGAGGUGCAGAAUGUGGAGGAUCAACACUUGUUAAUGCAUGACCAGACAGUCAUUAGGAAAGGUCCCAUUUCCCUAACGAAAAACAGCGCCCUGAGCCUGCCGUGCCAGAAGGAUGGGCUAAUCGGAGUGGUCAUAAACCCCAACGAAGUGUUCUGCUCCGUCCCGGGGAGGCUCUCGCUCCUCAGCUCCACGUCCAAGUACAAAGUGACGGUCGCGGAGGUUCAGCGCCGGCUCUCGCCCCCCGAGUGCCUCAACGCRUCCCUGCUUGGGGGGGUGCUGCGGAGAGCCAAAUCUAAAAAUGGUGGCAGAUCAUUAAGGGAAAAACUGGAUAAAAUUGGCUUGAAUCUUCCAGCUGGUAGAAGGAAAGCAGCAAAUGUGACGUUAUUGACGUCUUUGGUGGAAGGUGAAGCUGUGCAUCUUGCUCGUGACUUCGGUUAUGUGUGCGAGACAGAGUUUCCGUCCAAAGCAGUGGCCGAAUAUUUAACUCGACCGCACAUGGGCCGCAAUGAAAUGGCAAACAGGAAGAAUAUGCUUCUUGCUGCAAAGCAGAUCUGUAAGGAAUUCACCGACCUCCUCACUCAGGACCGAACUCCUCUGGGCAACACGCGCCCCAGCCCCAUCUUGGACCCUGGCAUCCAGGGCUGCUUGACUCAUUUUAGCCUGAUCACACAUGGCUUUGGGAGCGCUGCCAUCUGUGCUGCCAUGACAUCCGUCCAGAACUACCUAAAUGAAGCGUUAAAAAUAGCAGACAAAACGUACAUGAACGCUGGCGACCAGAGCCCCGCAGAGACCAACAAACCCAUGGAUAAAAUGGACAAGCACAGGAAGUAAAAGCAGAGACACCAGACUUUAAACUCUUCCUCCCAAGCACGGACUGGGAUCUUCUUGCCGGGGGGAAUGUAGAAAUUUGGUUACUAUUUUUUUU